GGGCGUUUCUUUUGCUUAUAUAUUUAUAUGCAGUCGUGCAUGUAUAUUGUAUCUUCUAGUUAGUGUACUGGACUGCAUAGAGAGAAUGGCUACUGUAACUCUAUUUCUCUGCUGUCUGCUGGGAAGUGUUUCUCUUGUGUAUGGACAAACUUUGUCUCCCUGCCCCACAUUGAGUCCACUGUCUAAUGGAAGGGUCUCAUACGAUGCAGUCGCCAACAUGGCCACCUACACCUGUGACACUGGGUACACCAUCAGUGGAACCAUAGAUAGAAGAGCAACUACUGCAAUAACUUGUACCUGGUCUCCAACACCACCCACUUGUACAAUCUUCACCUGCCCUGUCCUAACUCCCCCUACCAAUGGAGGCGUAGCCACCCCUAACCUCAACUACCAAGGCAUUGCUACAUACAGCUGUGAACCUGGCUACGUCCUCACUGGUACUGCUGCUAGACAAUGUCUUGCUACUGGUGAAUGGUCAGGAGUGGCACCAACUUGUUCACCUGUUGACUGUGGUUCCCUGGACGCCCCCUCCAAUGGAACAGUGGACACAUCCUCUGGAACCACCUUCAUGAUGACUGCUACCUACACCUGUGUCACUGGAUACAACAUUGUUGGUAGUGAAAGCAGAACUUGUGGAGCAAGUGGAACAAGUGGAGCAACUACACUAACUGAUGGAGUUUGGAGUCCAGCUGCACCAGUUUGUGAAACUGUUGACUGUGGUUCCCUGGACGCCCCCUCCAAUGGAGCAGUGGACACAUCCUCUGGAACCACCUUCAUGAUGACUGCUACCUACACCUGUAACACUGGAUACAACAUUGUUGGUAGUGAGAGCAGAACUUGUGGAGCAAGUAUAACAAGUGGACCAACUGGAGUUUGGAGUCCAGCUGCACCAGUUUGUGAACUUAUCAACUGUGGUUCCCUGGACGCCCCCUCCAAUGGAGCAGUGGACACAUCCUCUGGAACCACUUACCUCCAAAGAGCUACCUACACCUGUAACCCUGGAUACACUCUGACUGGUGGAGAUAUGACCAGAACUUGUCAAGUUAAUGGAAUGUGGAGCUCUAGUGCCUGUGAAUUCAUUGUCCUGUCCAUUGGAGGCACUGUCUUCACUAACAACACAGCUCUGUCCUUCUCCCUCAUUGGAGAGAGCUCUUCUGCCCUCACCUGUCACACUGAGCUAUCCACCUGCUGCAGGGAACAAGACAACCUCAAUGGAGGGGCUCUAGGAGGGUGGAGAGGACCAGAUGGGAACAGUAUUCCUGAAGCAAGUGAUACCUGUCCUUCAGAGGGAUUCUACAUAAUCAGAGGCAUUAGUACUAUUAGCCUGAAUCGCUGUAGCAAUGAAUCGUUGGUAGGAGGCGUCUACUGCUGCACUAUUCCCAAAGCUAGUGGCAUUAUCCAAACGUUCUGUGUGAACGUGCUGUUUUCUACAACUGAGCCAGCAAUAGAACCAGCAACUGAGCCAUCCACUGAGCCAGCAACUGAUAAGCCAUCCACUGAGCCAUCCACUGAGCCAUCCACUGAGCCAGCAAGUACAGACAUUGAUGGACCUACAGUUGCACUGGGAGUGUUGCUAACAGGCUCUGUUGUUGGGAAUAUUGUGUUCAUAACUUUACUCACUAUAAAGACAAAGAAACAUACACAAGCAAGAAGUCGACUCAGUCACACUUAUUCAAACAAACAAGAGCCAGUUUAUGAAGUCCCCAGCAAGGUGGAAGAUGUGAACAAGCUGGGUGUGGGUGGCCCCCCCACAGCUAUUGAGCUGAGGGAGUGUCCAGCGUACGGCACCCACUGAGUCAGGGGGUGGGCAGAGGAAAGAGGAAGAUCGUAUCUAUGACAAUUAACACAACUAUUAUUAUGUGCCCUACAUGUGCAUGUAUGUAGGCCUUUGUUCCCAACCCCCCCCGAUAUAAUUAAUUAAAUUCA